UUCUGGGCUUCACUUGGUGCUUUUCUUUUUCAGCUGGGCACCAAAGAAGGUUACCUCACCAAACAGGGGGGCCUGGUCAAGACCUGGAAAACAAGAUGGUUCACGUUGCACAGGAAUGAACUGAAAUACUUCAAAGACCAGAUGUCACCAGAACCAAUUCGGAUCCUAGAUUUGACAGAAUGUUCGGCUGUGCAAUUUGAUUAUUCACAGGAAAGAGUAAAUUGUUUUUGCUUAGUGUUUCCAUUCAGGACGUUUUAUCUCUGUGCAAAGACAGGAGUAGAAGCUGAUGAGUGGAUCAAGAUAUUACGCUGGAAACUGUCUCAAAUAAGAAAGCAGCUCGAUCAAAGGGAAGGCACAAUCCGGUCUCGGUCAUUCAUCUUUAAGUAGACCUUUCCUGACCCAGGACGCCCUGACCCAGGAGCAGGGUGGCAUGGUCCCUGACGCUGUGACCCGCAGGAAAGCUGACUGAGGACUUUUCUUUCCAAACAAAUAAAAGCAGAUGCGGAUUUGGACCCUUCAGAACCCACCACAUUUGCAGACUCACGGGUCACUGCUUGCCCUUCAAGAUAUUGUCGUCUCCUGGAGAAGACCAAAGCGUCACCGAUCUGAUGGAAACCGAUGAGACUACCAGCCCAGGCAUGCUCGCUCUUAGAGCGCGCCAGAGAAGAUCAAGGGUUUUUGUUUUCCCUCACUGCGGUCCCCAAGCUGGUUGACAUUACUUGCCUGGAGUCCCAUUCUGCAUCCUGGUCAGCCCAUCGACAUCCGGGUCUUGCUGUCCACCGGGAAGGGGACAGCUGCGUCCUCUGACUGCUUCUACAGAAAGUAUAUGGAAAUAGCAAACACCAAAGACUGGGGGUGGGGGUGCGUUGUUUUUGCUUUUUUUUUUUAAUACAGAAAACAAAACGAUUUCCAAAACUAAAAUGGGAAAUGUUCGCGGUAAUUUAUUUUCCCUUCGUUAAAGGCUCAGAAAUCUAGUGGAUCCUGCCUUCCCUUCUAAUAGUAAGCCUGUGAGAACUAAAUGUCCUGUAGGACGUCAGGUAGGAUGAUAAAGAUAAAGGAAGGUAAAGCCUAAAAAACAUCUCUUAAUCAUUUUGGGGAGGGGGAAACAUUUUAAAGUAAGAAAACAAAGUGAGGGAAGGGAAUAAAAUAGUAGAUACCUUGGAGUUUAAUAAUAAUAAUUGGCAUGACUAUUAUCACUAUAACAAUAAUAGAGCACUUGGAAGCACCAAGUUGUCUGCAUCCAACAUUUCUGCACACAGACGGAGAGACUUCUCAAGCAGAGAAGAAUGCGCUAUGCCAAUCUCGCCCCCUGGGUGAGCUGUCCCUGUGGGCCAAGGGGAAGUAAGAUUCCCCUUGCACUGAGAUCGCCGAGCACCCUGAGCCCUUCUUCAGGAGCAACUUCUGUUGCCGGUUGAAGGAGCAACACUAAAUCCACGUGAAAUAUAUGAUGAUGUGUUACACCGCAUUUUCAAGCUAGAAUAAGGGGGUUGAAAUCGGGAAACAAGAUGCUGGCAUCCAGAACUCAUAGAUUCUAACCCCUUCCCUUAUCUAAUUAUUAAUACUGCUUUUUUAGGUAAGACGUUUGAAGGGAGAUAAAAGUGGAGACCCCAAAAUAAAAAAGAGUAUGGUGCAAAGCUCUGAUACAACACUGCUUUUGCAGUCCAAGUGCAUACCUUGAUAAGUAAGUUUCUUCUGUUAUUUAAACAUCCAGGACUCAGAAGUUAUAUUACAUUUUUGUGUAUUUCAACAAGGCUUUUAAUGUAUUUUGUUAUGUGUGUAUCAUAUGAGAUAAAGCAAAUGUCAAGUUAAAAUGUAUUCUGUCAGGUUCACCAAGUAAGGAGUUGCAAAUGAAUCCUCAGAGAUGUGAGGCUUAGGUUUUGUUUUCUUAGAACCAAGAGUUUUUCUUUGUGUAGGUAAUACCGUUCUUAACCUUUUGUAAAAUAUGUCAUGUUUAUUUAUAUUCUUCGGUUAAGUUUAUUAAAAAGAGCAUUUUGCUGUGCCUGUAAUAUUUUGCUAUUAAAAUACAUUUUUAAUAUCUGUAA